UUCAGUAACCAGCGAAAAGUCUGCCAAGAAGGAUCUCAUAUUCUAAAAGCUCCUCCAUAAAUCCUUCUUAGCAUCCAUCCCACAGUGGAGUGGAUGUUUUGGAUGAGAAAUAUUAUCAUCAUCAAAACCUGAUAGAAAGUUGUGUUGUCGGUUGUUGUUAUUUUAGGACAUAACUUGUGCGGUCGGUUGAUGGUUGAAUUUUUGUGGUCAAAAUGUCUUCCUAGAAAUAGAAACGAUUGUAGAAUUUGAAGAUUUUUGAGAGACUUUUCUCCGAGUAUGGCACCUCACGGAGGUUAUAGUAAAUACCAAGAGGGUCUCCUGAACCAAAAUAUAGUACUACCAAGGCGUGUCCCUACAAAUAUCUUCUUUUAUGGUUUUGUUAUUCUCAUUAGUGCCUCCAUCUAGUAUCUUUUCAUUGUGUUUUGCUUCUGACCGAAAAACUAAAGAAACGGAAACAUAAAAUAAUUCUUCAACAGAAACACACAAAACCUACCCCUCCUCUUGCAAAGUGUCUUUUAUUUCCAUACAAAAUCAAUUAAUGUGUAUAAAAACAACAACAAUAACAACAAAAACAAGUCGCAAAAAGACCGUCACACUUCGUAGCUUAAAAAAAAGGGAAAAAUUGCCAAUAAUAUAGAAGGUACCUUACCUACCUAAAGCUGAAAAGUGUCGAUAUAGAAAUAUAAAAGCAAGACGUAUACCUUCCAAAGAAAAAUCUUCCCAGAAUUAUAAAAUCGCAACCAUCAACAUCAACAAUCAACAUGGGUCAAUGGUGUUUUGUGAUAGCUUGUUCCUUGGGAAUUGUUGUACUAUUGUACGCACUCCUAGAGCUGCACUACUUCCUACGUAUGUGCCUUUGUGUGGUACUUGCAAGAUUCGUCAAGAAGAAGACUCAUAUUUUGGAUACAACAACAGUUUCAGGAAUUUGUUUAACCACAGAUAUUGAUACUUUGCUCUACCACAUGAAUAAUGCCAGAUACCUACGGGAGUUGGAUUUUGCUCGGGUUGAUUUUUACGAGCGGACACAACUUUAUCGAACAAUUGUUCUAAAAGGAGGAGCAGUUGUCCAAGGAGCUGCAACAAUCCGCUAUCGUCGUUUUAUACGUCCUUUUGCUAGAUUUAAAAUAACAUCCAGGAUAAUCUACUGGGAUGACACAUCUGUGUUCAUGGAACAUAGGUUCCUUACACCAUCUGAUAAUUUUAUAAAUGCGAUAGCAAUCUGCCGACAGCGAAUACUCGAUUGUUCAGCCGAAGAUGUAAUGCGAACACUUUUAACGCCAAAGGCAACUCAACUUUUAACAACUACCUCUGGUAAUACAGUCAGUCCGACUAUCAGCUUACAAAAUGCCACAAUGGAAAACAUCGAAAAUGGUCAUAUCAAUUCCAAACUAAAGCCAGAAAUGCCAAUUGAAAUUUCAAAAUGGAUUGAAUACAAUGAAAUAUCGAGUAAAAAUCUUCGAAGGGGCUGCUGACCAAGAUUGUUUUAAAGUGGGGUUGGGUUUUGGGCUGUUGGAAACGCUUUAAUUUUUUUUUAAAUGUAUUUAUUUUUUGUUAUAGUUAUUAUUUAAAUCUUGGAUAUAACUUAUAUAACAAAUACAAACAUGUAUGUAGGUAUAGUUAGAGUUCCCACUUUAUGACAACCUUUUUGACUGUCUAUUAUGCCUUAAUUAAAAUUAAACA